AGCUACUGGAAGAAUAAAAAUGUGUACACUGGGAAACCACAAUUUCCAUUUGGAAAUUCUAAGAAUGUUGUUUUGCAAAAACUUCCACUUGGUUUCGACGUAACCGAACUUUACACCGAGAUUAGGUCCAGAUCGGAAAAGUAUGGCGGAUAUUACAAUUUCAUGACACCAGUAUUCGUUCCGACAGACCUGGACUUAAUUAAGACGAUCUUAAUAUCCAAUUCCGACUCUUUUAUUAAUCGUGUGUCGUGUGUCACACGUUGACGAGAAGAACGACCCUCUCAGUGCCAAUUUGUUGCAUUCACGUGGCGAUCAGUGGAAGAGGAUGCGUCUCAAAAUCGCGCCUUUUUUUACCAAUUUAAAAAUAAAACAGUUUCUUCCUGUGAUGUUGCGAAAGACCGACGAGUUGAUAAGGUUGAUGGAAGAUACUCCAAAUCCACUGAAUGUUAAAGAGGUAUUAGAUCGUUACACUAUCGACUUAAUAGGGCUUUAUACCAGCUCAGUCGACUUGGAGACAAUGAAAAAUAAAGACUCCGAAUUGGAACGUCAACUAGGGAAUUUUUUUAACAAAUCAAUUGUGGAUACCUUAUUCCGAUUUUUAAUUACAAUUCCGAAGGUAGUAAGGUACCUCAAAAUUAUGACAUUUAACAAAGAGGUGACGAAAUUUUUUAUGCUGCUGCUCGAUGACAUUGUUCAUGCCCGAAAUCGAAGUAAAUUGGAAACAACGGUUGUUCUCGAUGUUUUAACCCAAAAGACGUUCAAUGGUGGCGAAUAUUUUACACGAAGUGAAAUUGUUGGUAAUUUAGCAACACUUUUAUUAGCAGGAUAUGAAACCACCAGCAAUGCGUUGACAUUUGGUUUGUAUGAGUUGGCGUACAACAUGGAACUUCAAGAGAAGCUUCGGAUAGAAACCAGUACUCUGGAGACCUCUUUGGAGCCAUUUUCUCUUUUAGACAAAUUUAAACUCUAAGAAAGUACCCUUUGACAACAAUAAACACUCGAGAGUGCACGGAAACGUUUCGUAUACCUAAUUCAAACAUAAUCCUGGGAAAAGGCAGCCAAAUUUAUAUACCGUUACGCGGCAUUCACUGG